GAUAUCCCCAGAGGCAUCGGCUCAAACUACAGCACUGGAAAUCCCAGUUGGAUAUUAAUCAGGACCCCUGAGUGAUGGCACAUCUAUUCAAAAGUGCUUUUGAAUAAUUUCAAUAUGGGCAGGCUGUCUGUCAGUACAUGAACCAGCGCUUCUUACAACUCGAGCUUGUCACCUCAGGCAGGAGUAUGAGCGAGUUCCGCAUUCACCACGAUGUCAAUGAGUUGCUCAGCCUGCUGCGUGUUCAUGGCGGGGAGGGGGCUGAGGUCUACACUGAUCUUCUGCAGAAGAACCGGACGCCUUAUGUCACCACGACUGUGUCUGCACACAGCGCGAAGGUAAAAAUAGCAGAGUUUUCUCGAACUCCUGAAGAAUUUUUGAAGAAGUACGAUGAGCUGAAGUCUAAAAAUACAAGACAUCUAGAUUCUUUAGUGUAUCUGCUAUCAAAACUCACAGAAGACAAAGAGACACUCCAGUAUUUGCAACAAAAUGCUAAAGAAAGGGCCGAACUUGCAGCAAAUGCAGCAGCCAGUGGCAGCAUGAAUUUUUCCAUUCCCUCAUCUACUUCCAAGAUAUCUCUACAGGAGCUCGAGGAGCUACGCAAGCAGCUGGGCAGUGUCACAGCCACCUCCAGCGUACAGCAGCCUCUUGAGCUUACAAGAAAAAUCCUCCGAGAUAAGCAGAACAAGAAGAAUUCUGGUCAGCCAAUUCCAGUAUUUCCAUCCUGGGUGUAUGAGAGACCUGCACUUAUUGGUGAUUUCUUGGUUGGCACCAGUUUAAGUACUGACACAACAGUAUCUAUAGGUACUUUGCCACUUGCCUCCCAAGAAUCCAUCAUUGUGGAGGAUUUACUGUACAUUCUGAUUGGUGUGGAUGGAAGAUACAUCAUAGCACAGCCGCUCGUUGGCAGGCAGAACCGUGUGUUUUCAGUUGAUCCAAACUUGGACUUGUCCAUCAAAGAGCUGGUGACUAGGAUUCUUCCCGUAGCAGCAAGUUACUCUGCUGUCACCAGGUUUAUAGAGGAGAAGUCUUCCUUCGAAUAUGGGCAGGUAAAUCACGCUCUGGCUGCUGCUAUGCGGACUCUAAUCAAGGAAUACAUGAUACUAAUUACCCAGCUGGAACAUCUUCAGAGACAGGGACUUCUGUCACUGCAGAAACUCUGGUUUUAUAUCCAGCCCACAAUGAGGACCCUGGAGAUUCUUGCUUCACUUGCUACUUCUGUGGAUAAAGGUGAGUGUAUGGGAGGAUCAACACUGAGCUUACUCCAUGACAAGACUUUCAAUUAUACGGGGGACAGCCAGGCCCAGGAGCUGUGCCUGUAUUUAACCAAGGCAGCCAGUGUGCCUUAUUUUGAAAUUCUGGAAAAGUGGAUCUAUAGAGGCAUCAUAAAUGAUCCAUACAGUGAGUUUAUGGUGGAGGAACAUGAGCUGCAGAAGGAGAAGAUUCAGGAGGACUAUAAUGACAAGUAUUGGGAUCAAAGAUACACUGUUGUUCAGCAACAGAUUCCCUCAUUCUUGCAGAAAAUGGCUGACAAAAUACUAAGCACAGGGAAAUAUUUAAAUGUUGUACGUGAAUGUGGACGUGAUGUUACCUGCCCUGUUGCUAAAGAGGUCAUUUAUACUUUGAAAGAGCGAGCCUAUGUGGAACAAAUAGAAAAAGCAUAUAACUAUGCUAGCAAAGUUCUUCUGGACUUCCUAAUGGAGGAGAAAGAGCUGGUGGCUCACCUAAGAUCUAUAAAACACUAUUUCCUGAUGGAUCAAGGGGACUUUUUUGUUCACUUCAUGGAUCUCACAGAAGAGGAACUUAAGAAGCCUGUAGAUGACAUCAUAACUACGAGGCUAGAGGCUCUGCUUGAAUUAGCCCUGCGAAUGAGCACAGCCAACACAGAUCCUUUCAAGGAUGAUCUAAAGAUUGACUUGAUGCCCCAUGACCUCAUUACACAGCUCCUGAGAGUAUUGGCCAUAGAAACGAAACAGGAGAAGGCCAUUAUCAGUGCGGAUCCCACAGAGCUCACUCUCAGUGGUCUGGAAGCAUUUUCCUUUGACUAUAUCGUUAAGUGGCCUCUGUCCCUUAUUAUAAACAGGAAAGCACUGACAAGAUACCAGAUGCUUUUCAGACACAUGUUCUAUUGCAAACACGUGGAAAGACAGUUGUGCAAUGUUUGGAUCAGCAACAAGACAGCCAAGCAAUUCUCCCUGCAUUCAGCUAAGUGGUUUGCUGGUGCUUUCACACUGCGGCAGCGGAUGCUGAAUUUUGUACAGAAUAUCCAGUAUUACAUGAUGUUUGAAGUGAUGGAGCCAACAUGGCACAUUCUUGAGAAAAACCUGAAGCUGGCAUCUAAUAUUGAUGAUGUCUUGAGCCACCACACGAGCUUCCUGGAUAACUGCUUGAAGGACUGCAUGCUAACCAACCCAGAGCUGCUGAAGAUCUUCUCCAAGCUGAUGUCUGUCUGUGUCAUGUUCACAAACUGCAUGCAGAGGUUCACUCAGAGCAUGAAGCUGGAUAAUGAGAUGGAGCGCCUCACCUUAGAGCAUGGCACAAUGCUGGGCCCACCAACAGAGGAUGAGCGUGCUGAAGAGACUGCAAAGAAGAAGCUGACUAACAAGCUUUUAGCAGAGCAUGCUGACAACCUCCACCUGACAUCUGGCUUUGAAGCAACCAUCAACAAAUUUGAUAGCAAUUUCUCAAUGCAUCUACUAGACCUGUUGGACAAACUGAGUGUUUACAGCACCAAUGACUGUGAGCACAGCAUGCUCAACAUCAUCUACAGGUUGGACUUCAACGGGUUCUACACGGAGCGCCUGGAGCACAUGUCCGCAGAGCGCAGCCAGCAGGCACCCGCUCCGCUGCCCCGCCUGCCCGUGCCCGCACAGUGAGGCGGCUCCACGCCAGCCCGCUGCCCAUGGCCCGGCUCCUGCCUCCAGCCCCGGGCACACAGCCCUGCAUACGGCCAGCGCCGGCACCAAAUGAGCCAGAGGGCUUGUCUCAGAGAGACAGAGGAGUGUUCCAUCUCUUGCCAUGUAUGUAAUGGAUUUUCUCUUUCGAGAGGCUUUUGUUAAGUCCUUUUCUUUUUUUUUUUUACACUGUAAAAUGAUGUAUCUGUGCUGUAAAAUUAAAAAAAAGAAUCAUGAUUAUUUUGUCUGUUAACAGAA